GAAAUUAGUGUACGAGUCAACCGCUGCUUCUUUCUCCAUAGCGAUGCUGGCCUCCUGCGCAUUCAAAAACCAAGUUACCGGAGGUGUGUCCAUCUCAUCUCGAUGGAAGAAGGAGACGACGGUGCAGGAUGCGGAGACGCAAACGUCAAAGCUCAAGGUUGUCUCCGCAGAAGCGCAGACUGACGUGAGCAGUUUGCAGGCUUCCGAACAGCUAGACAAAAGCGUCGGCACGGAGAAAAAGGCUUAUCAAGCCUCCCUAGAUGGCCUGCAGUACGUGUACGCAGAGGUCCAGUACGAUGAAGCGAAGCUUGCGACCUUCUUGGAAGGCUCCAAAGAGGAGAUGCUGGCCAUCCUCCACAAAAACGCGAAGAGCAGCAUCUUCGACAACUACGCACCCAACUGGUCGCGUAAGAAUACCGAGUUGGCGGUGUUGUACACCCUCAACGCGGCUGUGGUGAAGGAAAAUGGGCUGGAGGCGCUGGACGUUGCGUGGAGCGCUAGCGGCACCAUGCUGGCGGUCGCCUACGGACGCGUCGACACGUCAGGCUGGUGCUACAACAAGGGCUACGUCUGCAUCUGGAACCUGUCACGACCCGACCUUAAAGAAGGGAAGCCGCAUUACACUCUCGAGACGGAGACAUACGCCACGACGCUCGCCUUUCAUCCGACUACGGCGUCGAUGCUGGCCGUGGGCACCUACAGCGGUGAGGUCGUGGUGUUCCCCAAUGUGACCGACAACGUGCCGCAGGAGUACUCGUCGAGCGAGGCGGAGCUGGUGCACACGGAGCCGGUGACGGUGCUGCAGUGGGUCAGCAACCCGCAGGAGCUGCGGCCGGACCACCGCUUCGUGCUCUGCUCGGCGAGUCAGAGCGGACUCAUCGUUCACUGGAGCCCCGCCAACGCCCUCGCAAAGCCACUAGCGGCCUACAGCGUUCAAAGCCGUCGUCGCCUCUCCGUCGGCAUCACGGCGCUCUCCUACACGGGGGUACAGACCGACCGCGGCACCCAGCUGCCGACGUUGGACAGUGUGUUGCUGGUGGGUCUCGAAAACGGGGAGGUCGGUCGCGGUCGCACCGGGUUGGUCCCGCUAGAUGUCAACCUGAAGGCGCCCUGCACUGUGGUUCCAGUGGAGCUGGAUUGGCUGGAGGCACAUCGCGGCCCCGUACAGUCUCUCUGCACCUCUCCUUUCUUCCGACACCUCUUGUUGACCUGCUCGUCGGACGGCAGCGCACGCCUCUACACCGACCUCGAGCGGUCGCCGCUGCUGACCUUGGAGCCGUCCGCAGAGACCAAGAGUUACCUGUACGGCGCUGCACUGAGUCCAUUUCGCCCUGCUGUGGCGGCAGUGGUGUCUCGUGAGUCGCUGCUGCACGUCUACGACCUGCAGAAAGACCAGAUGCGGCCUGCGUACACAGCGGAGGCGGGAACUGAGGGGGCAGCUGUGCUAGCCGUGGCGUUCAACUCGAUAGCCGCAGACUGGCUUGCAACCGGCGAUGGGCAGGGAAGUGUGAAGGUUUGGCGGCUGCCGACGGAGCUGUCGCAGGCCACCGAGGCGGAGCGGGCUGCGUUGCGCGCCAGCCAACCGUCUCGCGGUGAAAAGCAGGAGAGUGAUGGCUCCUCUGCCAUUCGAGACUUGUUUGGAUUCGCUGUUUAG